AUGUUCAAGCCGGACCACGAGGAGACCGAGUACGCGCAGGGCAAGUACAUGCUGCGCGUGCUGGGCCUCCACAAGUACGAGAACAACCUCAAGAAGGGCCUGCUCACGGACAACACCAUCAUGCUCUGGAACGCAGAGUCUCUGGCGGAGGCGCGGAUACCCCCGGGCCCGCGGCUGCUCAUCCUGCACCACCUCGACACCUACCGCAACCCCAGCGCCAUCCUCAAGCCCGCGCUGCCCCUGCCCAUGCCGCCACCGCCGGCGGCCGCCGCAGGCGCCGUCACCACCCGCAAGUAA